AUGGACCCGGGCAUCGUCCCGGCUGUGCUGGACUUCCCCUUGCAGAGCCGUGGGAUGGGGGUGGCGGGGAACCUGCGGGCUUGUCCGCCCUCGCCUGCCUUCAGGGCAUUCGGGUGUGUCCCGGGCCGUUGGGAAACCCAGAUCUCGGCGGUGCCCAGCGCGCCUCCCACGCCGCGGUCUCCAGGUCUCCCGCCCACUGCGCGCGGACUGCCCACAACAGCUCCGACCCCAGACGUGAGCCGGGUCAGGCGUUGGGCGAGGACGGCCAUGCUCCGCGGCCUGGGCCGGCUGCUGCUCUGCGGCCUGGCGGGGCUGCUGCUCAGCGGCCUCCUCUUCCUCAGCAAGGAGGCCAGGCCGUCGGGGGGCAGCGCCGCCCGCCAGCCCUUCUGGGCGCCCCCGGGGCCCCGCCACAGCCGGUGUCCGCCCAACCGCACGCUGGCCAACGCCUCCCUGGGCCUGCCCGGCCGCCACCGCCUCUUCCUGACCUAUCGCCACUGCCGCAACUUCUCGGUCCUGCUCGAGCCCUCGGCCUGCGCCGCGGACACCCGCCUGCUGCUGGCCAUCAAGUCGCAGCCCGGCCACGUGGAGCGGCGCGCGGCCAUCCGGGGGACCUGGGGCCGCGCGGGGGGCCGGCGCCUCAAGCUGGUGUUCCUGCUGGGGGUGGCCGGCCCCGCGCCCCCCGCCCAGCUGCUGGCCUACGAGAGCCGCCAGUUCGACGACGUCCUGCAGUGGGACUUCGCCGAGGACUUCUUCAACCUGACGCUCAAGGAGCUGCACCUGCAGCGCUGGCUGGCCGCUUCCUGCCCGCAGGCCGCCUUCGUGCUCAAGGGCGACGACGACGUGUUCGUCCACGUGCCCAACGUGCUGGAGUUCCUGGACGGCCGCGACCCGGCGCAGGACCUGCUGGUGGGCGACGUCAUCCGCCAGGCCCUGCCCAACAGGAACACCAAGGUCAAGUACUUCAUCCCGGCCUCCAUGUACCCGGCGCCCCACUACCCGCCCUACGCGGGGGGCGGCGGCUACCUCAUGUCCAGGGCCACCGUGCAGCGCCUGCGUGUGGCCGUGGAGGCGGCCGAGCUCUUCCCCAUCGACGACGUGUUCGUGGGCAUGUGUCUGCGCCGGCUGGGCCUCAGCCCCACGCACCACGCGGGCUUCAAGACCUUCGGCAUCCGCCGGCCGCUCGACCCGCUGGACCCCUGCCUGUACCGGGGCCUGCUGCUGGUGCACCGCCUGAGCGCCCUGGAGAUGUGGACCAUGUGGGCGCUGGUGACCGACGACGGGCUGCGCUGCGCCGCCGCCCUGCGCCGGGGCCCUCUGUGA